AUGGAGCUCAUCCCAGUCCAGCGGGAGCUUGGAAAGGCCAUCCGUCGGAUCGCCGAACAGGUAGCUAACACGCCGACAGCCUCUUGGACUCUCGGCGCCAUCGAGAUACAGUUAGAUCUACUCGAGGGCUACUGGAACAAUCUGAACGGCAACCAUGGCCGACUAUUGACUUCAUCGGAGGCCGCCGUCUUGGAAUACUUGGCAGGCAAUGACUACGCGGUCGCCGAGGAGCUUUUCAUGGAGAGCAAGAGCACUCUCCUGGACCACCACGUCCGUUGCAUCGCGUCUGAAGACCGCUCAUCGUUGACUGCUACUUCCUCGGAGGCCGCCUCGGAUCCAACAGUCCCGGCCGUGAAGCUGCCGCGCCUCUCCAUACCCACCUUCUCAGGUAAGCCUGAGGACUGGGAGUCGUUCAGGGAUCUGUUCCUCGACCUCGUGCACAACAACAGCACGCUGGGGAUCGCCAUGAAGAUGAACUACCUCAAGACGCACGUCGAGGGAGUGGCCAAGGAUGCACUGACGCCCUUCCGCUCGGUCAACGGCGACUAUGCUCAGGCCUGGGAGGCAUUGUGUCGACGCUAUGACCAGCCGCGCCUGCAGGUGAAGGACCACCUCGCCGCCUUGGUGAAGCUGACGUCCAUCGCCGAGGAAUCGCCGGAGAGCCUUCAGACUUUGCUGGACGAGCUAAACAAGCGCCGCACGCAACUCGAGCGGCUCGGUCGGCCAGUCGGAGCCUGGGGUGACUGGUUCGUCUACAUGGGGUGCCGCGCCCUGGACUCAGUAACCAUGCGAGCCUGGGAGGAACACAUAGAGCAGCGGGCACGUAGCGCGGAGCUAUCAAAAGUUGAAGCGACUUUUGAAGAGUUCGCCGAGUUUCUUCAGCGGCGCUACUGCACACUGAGGGCUCUGGGUCAAACCCUCAGCACUUCCUCUCACCGCCCGGCCGAGAAACGGAAGUUUUCGAGACCCGCAGACACCCUGACUAUACGCGCCCACGCUACUGGAGCGUCUCGAGUGAAGGGAGGAUGCCCAGCCUGCAAGGAGGCCUACUACAUCGGCCAUUGUUUCACCUUCCGAGGCCUCGACCCUGAGGAGCGACGGAAACUUGUGGCCGCUCGGGAUCUUUGUUAUAAUUGCCUCAGCGGGAGUCACACCGCCGGGAACUGCCCCUCCAGCGGCACUUGCCAAAGCUGCUCCGGAGCGCAUCAUAGCCUCAUCCACGAGGGCACUGGAAGAUCUAGACGAGGAGAAGAAGAGCCUCGCCCAUCGACCUCGGGGGAGACACCGACUACGCAGCUCCAGACGGCUGCCACCGGCGCACCAUCCCCAAGAGACGACGGUUCCGCAUGA